UAUUUCUUUAUUGCUGACACGUAUUGCACCUUUUCGUUUGUCAACGUUGCAAACGUCUCAUUUCACUACUCGCAUUUGAUGUGUUUCUUUAUUAUCUGUAGACCGAGCCGAGAAGGUUUUUGUCUACUGCAAUUUGCGUGUUUACAUCGUUAUUGUAUCGCCUCGCGUCAGGGCCGAAAUCGUAAAUGUGCACAGCUAGUUUGCUGUUGCAAUGCGUUACUUCUAUGGCGAUUUAGCAUUAUAUGAAAAGCUGUAUCAUAUCUAAUUAUAGUGGGCUUAUUAUGGUUUCCUUUGUUUCAUGCUUAUUUAACUUGCUAAUAGUUUAAAAUUUGCUUCAUUGAACUCUGGAUUAUUGAACUGCAAUUUGUGAAUCUGUCCUGCGUUUUGAUUGUUUUGUGAAAUAUUCUUGUGUUCUGCAGUUACAUAAAAGCUUCGAUAUAUUGUUGACCUUGGCUAAAAACAGUCGAGUAGUGAGUAAGCUUGCAUAGGAUAUAUUCCGAUGCGAAUAGACUGAAGCUUCAUUCUAGCCUACGCUGUUCGUGAAUCGACUUUCAUUGAAGCAAAGUUGACGAAAUUCUUGGAUUCGAAAUGAAGAUUCCGAUUCGCCACAGUUUCAUCGGACUAAUACUGUUGGUGGAGGCGUAUUUAUUGAUUAAAGGAGAGGAAUGCUGGAUUCCUAUGGUUUGCGAUGAUCAACUUACUUGGAGUGAACUUACGGAGGAACAGUGCACAAAAGAAGAAGAGAAAGCUUUGGAAGUUUUAACGGAACGAUUAGACGGGAUGAAAAGUGAGCUCAAUCAAUUAAAAAAGGUGAUGGAAACAUCAGAGACGAACUCAGUGCCGCCCUCUGUUGUAGGUGUUGAAGAAACGACCACGCCCUCUGUUGUAGGUGUUAAAGAAACGACCACUCCCUGGGGAUUCAAAGACGAGAAAACUUCUUCGGCCCGUAUUUCAACCGUCCCUGCUACAACCCCGUGGUCAACUAAGGAAUCCUUCCUCUCUACUUUUCACCCACAAUCUACAAAAGUCGAACAGAGUACAGUCGAUAUCUCUGUGAAAGUUCAAUUCAGAGGCAGUGUGAUGCCGUCAUACCGCCAUGAGGAAACGAUCACGGCAAAGAAUGAGCAUGAAUUGAGAGAGAAAUUGGCUAAAACUCUGGAAAACGCGUUACUGGAUAAGCAGAUAGAUGAAGUCACCAUAACAACCGAAAUUUGCCAUGGCAACAAGGUUCAUUCAACCCAUGUCACCAAAUUUGACGCAACAACUCCAAAUGGGCUGGAUGAGGCGACUCUUGUUACCACUGCUAAAGAUAAUGACAUCACUAAAGCCGUUACGCCAUCUGCAACAAGAAGUACUACAGAAGUUCAUGACGUCACAACAACAACUGUGCUUGAAAACGUGUUCACAACUCGAUCGAUCACUUCGAUUGCUUCCACUCAAUCGUUCCAGAAGUCGACUUCAAUUGUGAAAACAGGAAAGUGCGACGUUACUUACAAUUCGAAAUGUUUUCGAGUGAUUGUUUAUGACAAGCUCAACGUCACAUUAAACGUUGCUAAAUCUCUUUGUGAAAACAAACUAGCUAAUAUUUAUGACCUCACACACCUAAAUCUGUUGAAGGAUUAUUUACGCCCAUUGAUUCCUGAUGAACGAUCAUGGUUCGGAGUUUGUACUGGAAUGUCUUACAAGAACGGUCAACUUUAUUCGGCGAAUGAUCAAGUUAUGUCUCUGUCGAAUGAGACGUGGGCAGCUAGUUUUCCGAAUUCUGAUGUUUUGAGAACAACUGUUUCUGUUCGUGUCUAUAACGACCCUGGGAACAAUGAAGGAAUUUUUAAUUAUCGCCCUGACUGGCUAAAUUUCGGAGCAAUCUGUGAAAACGAUGAAUAUUACCUUUGACCCAUGCAUUUAAAAAAAUGUGAAUAAAUUAGAAUGACUCUAAUCAAAAGUUUAACUUUGGAAACUACUAAUCAAGUGUAAAACUGCAAGCCCCAAAAGACAGUAUUGCCCUUAAUUUUGCUUUAUACCGGUAUGCACAAAUAUAUUUUGAUAGAUCCCCGCAAUCCCCGCAAAUUCGCGCUUGGAAGUUCGCGUAAUUUUGAAUUUGAUUUCAAAAUGCACACAUUUUCUUAGAAGUUAACAUUUUCCUGGCUGCCUCAAAAUGAGAAGCAAAUUUCAUUUGACUGUGCAUUUCAAGUGUCCUGCUGCACAGCGCAAGAGAGGGUAGGGAGUAUCGCGUAACCGCUCCUGGUAGUUACAAAUUUAUUAUGUUUUACAUUUUAUUUUGCUUGUGUGCAAUUUAAUGUGAUAUACCACUUUUUCUUUAUAUUUUCUCUAUAUUGUUCCAUGUGUUACACAUAUGUGAAUCUUAUACCUUUUUUGGCAAAUAUUUUUGUCGGAAUUAAAUUAGUUUACAAGAA